AUGGAAACACAUGCACAGGAGCUGCAGUCCAUCUUGGGAUGCUCGUAUGAGCAGGCUCUACAAGCCCUUCAGAAUGCGGAUGGCAACAUGGAAGUAGCCAUGAAUCGAUUGCUUGAUGGCUCUGUCACAGCACCGUCCGCAAGGACAGAAUCAGAUGCUACCCCUGUAUAUGCUCCGCCGAAUGCACCAUCCUCAAAGGCGCCUGUCGCAGCAUUACCGCCGCCUGCGUCCACCACCGACGGCGAUGAUCAAGACGCUGACCUGCAACGUGCCAUGGCUGAGUCCAUGGCACCAUCCACAAUAUCCAAGCCAGAUUAUAUGGAUCAAAGCGCCGAUGAUGAACAGCUUAUGCGUGUGUUGGCAGAAAGUGUACAAUCAAUUUCUGGCCAAACAGAGAUGGUCAUUCGUCCUGAACUGCAACGUCUACGUUCAGACGAGGAGCCCGUAAGUUUAGUACCCAGUAUCCCUACGUAUCGUACUGCAGCACUUGUGCUCCAGGCUCUCUUCGCAGCCGAACCUGCGCGACAGGCCCUUCUUGGCUUCCCUCUUCCCGAUGACCGAACGCAUGACCUCUCUAAUUACUGGGCAGGCGCAAGCCCAUCACAGCAGCGACAACGUGCAUCAGCUGCGUCUUGGGUCUCAGUGCCAGCCGAACAGCACAAGGACUUCGAUCUCGUGCAGCGAAUCCAAACGCUGUUCUUGUUUAUGUAUGCUACACAGCGAGCUGCGCUCGUGACUGGUGAUACAGAUGCAGUUAUCCCAAGCGAUGUGGCAUUGCAGGCCUCACGCCAUGUAGAUAUGCAUGUCUUGGUCGAAGCGUAUAUGGAAGCACUGUGUCGUGCAUGGAAUACAGCCAUGCAAGCUGUCCAACCAGCCGCUACACCAAAAACCCAGUCGCUCUUUGAGUCUUAUGCUGCUGUGGCAUUGAAUGAGCCAUGUGAGGGGCAGGAUAUACCAACAGCCGUGGACGCACAACCCACCUCCUCCAUUACAUUGGUACAUACGACCACGGAAGCAGACGUCUCAUCCUGCCUUUGGCGAAAGCUAACAGGCUGGGGUGGGAUGGAAUCGCUAUUGAUCACACGGCCUGCACAAGUGUUGGUCUUUUGUCUGCAGCAUGAAGACACGACAACGCCUUUCCAAAUCGACCCUGUCCUUUACAUGGAUCCUUUCUUAUGGGACCAUCGUCGCGGGUACAGACUGGAUGCCCAAUCAGACUUGUCUACGUUACAGACCUGGGAGGCAGAGUUGCAGCAGCGACAGGCCCAACGUGCAUCCCUCUUACAGCCAGCAGGCAAGCCCCUCUCAAACAUGUGGAAACACUGUCUCUCGCAUAUGCAGACCAAGUCGCCCGACGAAGGAACAUGGCUUUCCGACCUUCAGCAGGCUUGGCAAGCACAACUUCAGCGCAUGGAGGAGGAAAUAUCACAUUUGCAAACGCAAAUUGCCACGGCUCGUGACAAGCUUGCGAAGGCAUGGCAGCAACACAUUCAGGAUUCGUCAUUGCAAACAGUACCCUACGAUGUGUGUGCUGUCGCCUAUCAAACACACGACAGUGAAUGGAUCUAUGUAUACCAUCAUGAAGCUUGGUGGCGUAUCGAGCGUGGCCAUGCCACCAAAACUACAUGGGAUGCUGUUCAAGCAGAUGCAUCGCCACAAGGCGCUGCAUUGGUCGAGCUGGUAUACCAACAGCGCGGCCCUGUGUCACCACCGCAAUGGACUCAUCUGCAAGGUGCAUUGGAGCAAAUAGCCGUGGACAACCAGCGCGCGCAGGAAGAGACACAUUCGUGA